AUGUAUUACAGUCUUCGUCGGGGUCCGGGUGCAAACGUUCAAGACACAAGCGGUUAUUCGGCUUUGCAUCACGCGGCUCUCAAUGGUCAUCAGGACAUUGUGGAACUUUUGCUGACCCACGAAGCAUCCACAAACAUACUCGAUGCGAAAGGAUCAUCUCCUCUUCAUUUGGCUGCUUGGGCUGGAAACGUCGACAUUGUGAGACUUCUUCUGUGCCACGGACCAUCAGUUCCAAACGUCAAUCUUACCACAAAGGACCACGAAACGGCUCUUCAUUGCGCUGCCCAAUACGGUCACACGGAAAUAGUGACUCUUUUGCUGGAGCAUUCGUGCGAUCCGACUAUAAGGAACUCGCGAGAGGAAACCGCUCUCGAUUUAGCUGCUCAAUAUGGACGAUUGGAAACCGUUGAACUCCUCGUGCGAACUCAUCCGGAAUUGAUACAACCGUUUUCCAGGUCUUAUAAAUCCGGAUGCGUUUUCCCACAUACUCCUUUGCAUUUAGCUAGUCGAAACGGUCACAAACUCGUCGUAGAAAUUCUUUUGUCUUCGGGAAUGGAUGUUAAUUUGAAAACUUCCGGGGGUACGGCAUUGCACGAGGCGGCACUCUGUGGAAAAUUGGACGUCGUGAGAACCCUUUUGGAUGCCGGAGUCGAUUUGCGACUGAAAGAUGCCAAACAAAACACUGUACUCGAUUUGCUGAGACAAUUUCCAAAGCACGUCACUCAGGAUAUAUUAACCAUCAUCAAAAAACAUCAAAACGUUCAAAAGUUUGACGACAGCGAUUCGGAGGGAGGAUCGCACUUACCCAUGGUUCAACCAAAUUUAGGGAGCCCAUAUGAAAACGUUAAGGUUGUGAUGACGGAUCAGGGAAGGCGCGGAAGGCAUUCCAGCCGAAACAAUACGGCGAAUUCGGGAAUGGAAUCUUCUCCGGGAAGUUCUCCCGUUCAAAAUUGGAAUUAUUACGCACAAAAGAAAAAAAAUUCUUCGUAUUUGGAUUUUUCAAAAUCCGUCGCGGAUUCAAGCGUUCUAUCCGAGGACGCGUACCAAAGAGACAUUGAUCAAAUAAGCAUUUCUUCGGCAACUUCGAGCACGAGCGGACCUUCAAUGAGGGAUAAAAGAUUGAUUGCAUCUGAUUAUAGCGGGAGCUACGUUCCCAUGGGUCCCGGAUCAAUGCCGAGCCCAGGAUCGACCGGUAGCAAAGUAUCGCCGACUCCUCCGAAAAAACCACCGCGAAGAAAUUUAUCCGUUUCUCCGACUCAUUUAUCUCCGAACGUUUCGUUGCCAUCGCCAAGCGCUUACGAGUACCUGUAUUUAGCCCGGAGCGGAGAUGAAAUGACGUCAAAUCGAAAACCGGAAAUGUUACGAAGGGGGAAAAGCGCGGAUCAGUACGAAGUCAUGAAGCUGCGUCAAAAUUACAUCGCUCCGAUUGACAUCGAAGAAUUGAAAAAUUCGCCGAUUUUCCAGAGGAGAAAAAGCGAAGAUUCUGGAAAAGUUUUGAAAGACAUACAAGAACCCGUGGCUCUCACAAUGUUCUACGACAACAUUCAAGUUCGCACGACGAAUCCGCGUAGGAAAUUACGUCGAAAUCCAAACGAUCGAGAUAGAGUUUACGAGAAUUUCGAGCCCGCCUUUUUGUCGAGUUCGACUAUGACUCCGACUGAUGCGAACAACGAAAACAAUCGAACGUACGGAGCGAACGCUUCCAUCACAUUGAAUUCUUCCCAGGAAAGUUUGCUCGAUGACAAUAGGAAAAAAAUCAAAACGCCCGUCGACGGUGGUAAAAACGGAAUGACGAAAAUGAUUUGUCCGUUGAGUCCGACGAAUUAUCAACAACCACCGACUCCCGAUCAUCCGCCUCCGUCGGCACUGCAAGCGGAAAUCAGCAUACACGAAAGGAUAAGACCUCUGAGCCAGCAAAGUUUUUCGUUGAUCCGUAAUAAUGUUAAAUGUUAUUGUUUAAAUGUCGUUUUUGCAGUGGCAGAAGAUGAUGAAAAUUCUGCGGAAACUUUUCUCAUCGUGGUUCCAACCGUUCGUUCUUUACCGGUCAUGCAAAUUUGUAAUUAUAUUUUGUAUUUGGUGGGUUUGUCGUCGUGUCCUGUCGGAAAAUCGGAACCUUUAAUUUUUUCACCCGGUCCGGGAUCGUCGUCGUCAUCAUCGAAUAAAAAGAAAAAAAUGUCUUCUUUUUUUAAAAUCGAAAUAACGGAAGUGAGUUCUUCGGACGAGGAGUACAAAAGGAGGUCGCGAGACAUAGAAACGGAAACGGAAGAAGAAUUGUUACUGUAUCCGGUUUCGUUGGAUUCGAGCGGAAGUUUUUCCAGCAGCGUUUCUUUGAGCGACAAAAGCAUUUCGACUGAUAACAACGUCGAAGAGUACAUCGGAGACGUACCGUUUGCCGAAGGGAACGAAAACGGUUCCGAACAACCCCCAACACAAAAAGAUGAUGAGUUGAUUUCGAUUUCGUCUCCUCAAAGGAUUUCCGGUUUUGUCUCUUUUUUUUUUUUUGUUGGAACGCCUCCAUCGAAAGAAAAGGAAAAGUGA